AUGACUGAUUUUCUUCACGAAGAUUUGAGGGCUGAGCCGACUCAGGAAGUCCCCUUUGAAACGCUCAAGCCAGAUAAACUCAAGGCAAAAGUCCGUCAGGGCCUUCCAUUAGCGGUGAAAGAGAAAGAAAAAUUUUAUAAGAGAGUGAUUCUUCAAGGAAAGCCACUGUUGGGUGUUGAAUUUGAGAGCAUCGACAAUGCACUCAAUGAAGUUUGGAACUGCACGAAAUUUGAUAGAAGAUUAUUCCGAUUUGAAUGGCUCAGCGAAAGUGGUCAACAACUCGUCGGAGAGGUGAUGGCGCGAAUUCAUCGAAGCCAACCUCAAAUAACCUUUUGUCCACUCAUCGGCAUCGUCGUCGGUGUUCUAGUGACAUUCAUCGAUGACCGUGGAAAGAUCUGGCAGAUGAUCGAGCAUCUCAUUCAAUCAGAAAGCUGUCCUAUUGCUCGUUCAAGCACGCAGGCAGAUGCUGAUGAUUUAACAAUAAGAGAUCUUGGUCUUCUCAAGCUAAAGGGCAAACUUAAACCGUGGCUUCUUCAAAUCUCUUCUUCAGCAAUAAACUGGCGAUUCUUCCUCUGCUCUUUGUCGUACGAAUCAUGUGUCCGUUUCGUCGAUUGUCUUCUAUUGGAAGGGGCAAAGGUUAAAUUCCGCUUUGCCCUGGCAUUCCUCAAUUUCUGUUCCUCUCAAGGCCGAUGCGUGAUCAUUGAUGGAAGUCCUGACGAAAUCGACGAUGAUUUGAUUUUACAAAUGAUCGAAGAUAAUCCUUCUGAUGUCGAAAAGAUCUUGAAGAAAGGAUUUGACAUACGAAAUCUGCAAAUGGCUAUUGUCAAGCAACUGGUCAACAGGCAUAAAAUGCUUCUCGAUCUCAGAGCAGACGGACUAGAAGCCCAAAUGUCUCGACUUUCGCAAAAACAUGCCGGCGAAUUUUACGCACAAGCAAAGCACGCAAGUUCCUCUCUUAUCUCCAUAAAUUCCAUGUCGCGACUCUUCGCAAUUCUGCCUCCUCGAUUUUCAGUUCAAAAUUUGGAAAAGAUUUUUUCUACUACUACUGAUGGAUACGCUUACCAAACAGCCUUACGAAAACUGGCCGAUGAGCCAGCAUGUGUCAUCCUCAUGAAAACCGACUUCUCCCCCGACGUCUCUAUCGGAGCCGUUCUCUGCGGCAUGAAAUCGCCAAAAACCGGCCUUAUCGGAAAUGGUGAGAGCUUCGUUUUCCGAGUUGAGUGCGAAGUAGAAAGUUGGUUUUGGCACAGUGAGAUGCCAACUCAAUUCGCUCAUUUUUCACCCGGAAAUUUGAAUAUUGGAAAUGGCGCAUUGACGAUCAAUGAUGAUUUGAAAAAUUGCUCCACUUGUUCAAGCGAAGUCUUUUCAUCGCCCAAUUUACUGAGCCGUGAUGGAAGUUUCAAUCGAUUUCAAGUUAUUCAGAUGGAAAUAUUUGCUUUUAGCAGCUUCGAAUCUAUCUAA